AUAACUUACUGUCAACUGUGAGGCCGACCACAAAGCUCCACUGUUGCUCAGCAAAUAGGCUCUAUUGCAUGAUGGCUUGACUAGCUUGUAAAGUUUGCUUAACUGUAGCAGCAGUGGCAGAAGGCAUGUGGGUGCUGCAUCUCCCCACAGGCCAGGAGUCUUCACUUCUUCCAUCGACUUUUAUGCUUUUAACUCUUUUAAUUGUUGAACAAAAUUGACACUGCUUUGUUUAAGCAGCUUAGAUGCUGUUUAAAACCAUGGCUGCAUUUGGUAGCCUGGGACUCAGGAGAAAUUAAUUAGCCUUUUUUUUUUUUUGGAAAAAAAUUUAUUUUUGUUGGCAGUUGGUGCUUUUUGUGAGUUGGGAAGGUGUCAAAGGGGUAUGCCCUCGAGUUCUGAAGUUCUGGCUGAUGUGGCAAGAGAAAGCUGGAUUGAAGAGUGGAGGAACAGCUACUUCGUAAGAAUGUCUUCCAAGCAAGCCACCUCUCCAUUUGCCUGUACAGCGGAUGGAGAGGAAACAAUGACCCAGGAUUUGACCUCAAGGGAAAAAGAAGAGGGCAGUGAUCAACACCCGGCCUCCCAUUUGCCUCUGCACCCCAUAAUGCACAACAAACCUCACUCUGAGGAGCUACCGACGCUUGUCAGUACCAUUCAACAAGAUGCUGACUGGGACAGCGUUCUGUCAUCUCAGCAAAGAAUGGAGUCAGAGAAUAAUAAGUUAUGUUCCCUAUAUUCCUUCCGAAAUACGUCUACCUCACCACAUAAGCCUGACGAAGGGAGUCGGGAGCGCGAAAUAAUGAACAGUGUUAGUUUUGGAACCCCGGAACGCCGCAAAGGGAGCCUUGCCGAUGUGGUGGAUACGCUGAAGCAGAAGAAGCUGGAGGAGAUGACUCGGACGGAACAAGAGGAUUCCUCCUGCAUGGAAAAACUACUUUCAAAAGAUUGGAAGGAAAAAAUGGAAAGACUAAAUACAAGUGAACUUCUUGGAGAAAUCAAAGGUACACCUGAGAGUCUUGCAGAAAAAGAACGGCAACUCUCCACCAUGAUUACCCAGCUGAUCAGCUUGCGGGAGCAGCUCCUGGCAGCGCACGAUGAACAGAAAAAGCUGGCAGCAUCGCAGAUCGAGAAACAGCGGCAGCAAAUGGACCUUGCUCGCCAACAACAAGAACAGAUCGCAAGACAACAGCAGCAACUUCUACAGCAGCAGCACAAGAUUAAUCUCCUGCAGCAACAGAUCCAGGUUCAGGGGCACAUGCCUCCGCUCAUGAUCCCAAUUUUUCCACAUGACCAGCGGACCUUGGCAGCAGCUGCUGCCGCCCAACAGGGAUUCCUCUUCCCCCCUGGAAUAACAUACAAGCCAGGUGAUAACUACCCCGUACAGUUCAUUCCGUCAACAAUGGCAGCUGCUGCUGCUUCUGGACUCAGCCCUUUACAGCUUCAGAAGGGUCAUGUCUCCCACCCACAAAUUAACCCAAGGCUAAAGGGCAUAAGUGACCGUUUUGGCAGGAAUUUGGACCCCUAUGAACAUGGUGGUGGCCACUCUUACAACCACAAACAGAUUGAGCAGCUCUAUGCCGCUCAGCUGGCCAGCAUGCAGGUGUCACCUGGAGCAAAGAUGCCAUCAACUCCACAGCCACCAAACUCGGCAGGGGCAGUCUCACCUACUGGGAUAAAAAAUGAAAAGAGAGGGACCAGCCCUGUAACUCAAGUUAAGGAUGAAACAACAGCCCAGCCGCUGAAUCUCUCAUCCAGGCCUAAGACAGCAGAGCCUGUGAAGUCCCCAACAUCUCCCACCCAGAGCCUCUUUCCAGCCAGCAAAACCAGCCCUGUCAAUCUGCCAAACAAAAGCAGCAUCCCCAGCCCCAUUGGAGGAAGCCUGGGGAGAGGAUCCUCUUUAGAUAUACUAUCCAGUCUCAACUCUCCUGCCCUGUUUGGGGACCAGGACACAGUGAUGAAAGCCAUUCAGGAGGCUCGGAAGAUGCGAGAACAGAUUCAGCGGGAGCAGCAACAGCAGCCACACGGAGUUGAUGGGAAACUGUCUUCCAUGAAUAACAUGGGGCUGAGCAACUGCAGGACUGAGAAGGAAAGAACACGCUUUGAGAACCUGGGUCCUCAAUUAACCGGAAAGUCAAGUGAAGAUGGAAAGCUGGGCCCGGGUGUCAUCGAUCUCACGAGGCCGGAGGACGCAGAAGGAAGCAAAGCAUUGAAUGGCUCUGCAGCUAAACUACAGCAGUAUUAUUGUUGGCCAACAGGAGGCGCCACUGUGGCUGAAGCACGCGUCUACAGGGAUGCCCGGGGCCGUGCCAGCAGCGAACCCCACAUCAAGCGACCAAUGAAUGCGUUCAUGGUUUGGGCAAAGGACGAAAGGAGGAAAAUUCUUCAGGCCUUCCCUGACAUGCAUAACUCAAACAUUAGCAAAAUCUUAGGAUCUCGCUGGAAAUCGAUGUCCAACCAGGAGAAGCAACCUUACUAUGAAGAGCAGGCCCGGCUAAGCAAAAUCCACCUAGAAAAGUACCCAAACUACAAGUAUAAACCCCGGCCAAAGCGCACGUGCAUUGUGGAUGGCAAGAAGCUCCGGAUUGGGGAGUACAAGCAACUGAUGCGCUCGCGAAGGCAGGAGAUGCGACAGUUCUUCACUGUGGGGCAACAGCCUCAGAUUCCCAUCACCACAGGAACAGGUGUUGUGUAUCCUGGUGCUAUUACUAUGGCAACGACCACACCAUCACCUCAGAUGACAUCUGACUGCUCUAGCACCUCUGCCAGCCCAGAGCCCAGCCUCCCUGUCAUCCAGAGCACGUAUGGUAUGAAGAUGGACGGCGCAAGCCUGGCUGGGAACGACAUGAUUAAUGGAGAGGAUGAAAUGGAAGCCUAUGACGACUACGAAGAUGAUCCCAAAUCAGACUAUAGCAGCGAAAACGAGGCCCCAGAGCCUGUCAGUGCCAACUGAGGAGCUUUUGUUUGCUGAAUUAAAACACUCUGACAUUUCGCUCCCUUUCCCCAACAACAACAACAACAAAGUUCUUAAAGAGCCCGCAUGCAUUUGUGGCUCCACAAUACAUCAGCAGAAUGGUCUUAAUUGCUUCGUAACGUGUGAGACAGAUUACGUUUUCCUGAUUUUUCAUAAACUUGAGUUUUUGUCGUUACCGUUACUGUUGUUGUUUAUUUAGGUGAAGACGUAUUAAAUAUGAGACACCGGGACUUGGAAACCUAUCUCCGCCCAUCGCCGUCUUACGAGUCUUACAUUUCUGUCUUACUAGUUUUCUUUUGGAUGUUGACAAAGGGUUUAAGUUACUGUUUUAGAUGGGGUUAAACAUUCUCACUCAGGUAUGCUGUGCCGGCUACAGGUUGUGAAUGUGUUUUUAUUCUGAAUUACUUUAGAAAACAACUGAGGAUUUCGUAUUGUGAAACCGGACAAGUCCACGGCGUGAGCGGCUGCAUAUAGAACAUGUUCAAAAGGCCUCGGAAUUCCAUUUUUUUUCCAUGUGUAGAAUUCAACUUUGAAUGUGCCAAACUUUUUUCAUAACUUUUGAAUCUUAACUAUUUUGAAAGUCUUACAGGAGACACUGCAAAGUCUUAGACAAUCUUUGACAUCUUAAAAUAAAAUAGCAAACCACAUUUUUUUUCCAGAAAAUGGUGAAGUACUCAGGAAUCUGGAGACAACAUAUUGUAAGAAAUGAGCAAGGCUGCCACAGUGCAUGAACCCAGUUGUGUUUGCCUCUUGAUGUGCCAUCAGUGUGUGGCGUGGGAUGACAUAGAUCAGAGUAGUCACCACACCAGACACCACACGGUGGGCUCCCCUGUCUGAGACCGCCUCUCACUACAUCCAUUCUUACCUUGCCUUCUGCCCUGACAUUCAAUCUUAACACAUUGUUCUCUUAAUAAUUUAUUCAUUCCAGAAUGUCAAGGGUCCACUUACUAUUUAUUUUAAAAAUUAUUGGUGGCAUUAAUUUAAUAUUUUUUUUGCCCUCCUUGCCCUUUAACCUCUUUUUUCCUGCUGGAUACAAAAGAUGUACAUAGCAAUCUCAUGUCCCCAGAGCCCCUGGAAACAUUUCUGAAGUGAAGCUAGUACAUGCAUAUAUUGUUGUUUUUAAAGAUGAGUAUAUAUCUGGCUGCAGGGUCGUCCAUCUGUGUCAAGGUGUCCUACAUUUAAACAUGUAUGCCCCCAGGAGUCACUGUGACCUCAGGUCUUUGACUAGAGUUUCUCCCUCAUUCAGUUUUUCAGUAGAACCUGAGUUCCAUUCAGCAGUGAGGGUCAGCAGUGGUUACUGCCCAGCAAGGAGCCUCUCCCAGCCACUCUGAAGCCCAAGGACCAUGGGCCACACAGGGGUCUACGUUGGAGCUGGCAUACUGUCAUCUUUACUGAGCUACCUGGUCCCAGCUGGCACAUCCAUGGAGAUUUUUGCAAAAUCUACAAGUUAUUAUACAACUCAAAGGAAAGACAGGGUGAAAGAA